AUGGAGAAAAACCGGGCAUCAGCGUUAACCGUAGCUCUAAUCAAAAUCAGCCAAAAAAAAGGAACUCGACAAGAAAGUGUUCAAAAUCGGGCAAAAGUCAACGAAGAAGAUGCAAUCACAAAUAGAGAAGAAGAAAAAGAAACAUCCCAAAGAAAAACUCGUGGGAAAACUUUGUGCAAAAAGAUUCAUGCAAGAACUUUGGAAGAGCGAGUAGAAGUGACCUUUAAUGAGGAUUUUCAGCCAAUUGGUCCUAGUGAAAAAGUAGUAUCUGACUUGAGCCUCUUCUUGGGAACAUUGGCUAGGAACUCAACAUUUUGUCCUCUACGUUACACCAAUUGGUCAGGAAUGCCAGAUGAUAAUAAAAACCGUUUCUGGAGAUAUACUAAUCGGAAGUUUAUCUUGUCGGUUGAAGCACGAGAUUGGAUUGAGACCACUGUUAGAGAGGCAUGGAGAAGAUAUAAGCACAAAAUUAAGAAGAAUAAUUUUUUGAAGUAUUCCAACAUGACCGAGAGACUCAAAAAUCGUCCGCCAAACGUGCCAAUAGCCCAGUUUAAGAGUCUUUGUGCUUAUUGGAGUAAGGAAACUAUACAAGCAAUCAGUGAAAAUAACACUAGAAAUAGAGCUCAACUAAAGUGGAUGCAUCGAAUGGGUCCCAAAAACUUUGCAUUGACUCGUGAAAAAGUGCGUGAAAAGGAAAAAAGAGAGCCCAUUCAAUCAGAAAUGUUUGUUGAAACUCGAAAAGGAAAUAAAGGAAAGGAACUGGAUGUAGAAACUGGAAAAGUAAUUGAGUGUCCAGGAAGGGUACGCUGUUAUGGGAGAAACAUAACUAAAACUUCCUUAAAGAGAAAGGCGGAGAUUAAUGCUUUGAAACAAGCCCACAGUGAAGAGGUCUCUACAUUAAGGGACGAGUUUCAAGAUAAGAUUGAUAGAUUGCAAAAUGCUUUUAAGACCGUAAUACAACAAUGCAAUCCUCAAAUUAAUAUAGAGUCAAUUGAAGAUUUGUUAAGAUUAUCUCAUGGAGAUGCUAAUAGUUCCCCAAAGGAUAUAAGACCGCAAAUGCAUUCAUCUACAUCAACUCAUGCUCCAUGUCAUGGAAAGCAAUGUAUCAAUGAAGAUGUUGAAAAGGACGAUAUAAAUGAUAAAAUUCAAGAGGACGACAUAAAUGAUAAAAUUCAAGAGGACGACCUAAAUGAUAAAAUUCAAGAGGACGACGUAGAUGACGAAUUUCAAGAGGACGACAUAGAUCUAGAUGAUGAAUUUCAAGAGGACGAUAUAGAUGGUGAAUUUCAAGAGGACGACGUAGAUGAAGAAUUUAUGGAGGAUGACAUAUCUAACGAAUUUCAAGAGGAUGAUCUGGAUGAUUUACUCUUAGAAGACAAACUUGAGUGA